ACUUAACAAUCAAUCAGUUGGUUAAAGUAGACAUACCAUACACCAUCCUGCUACAACCCCACCUCCUCUCUUUCUCUCUCUCUCUCUCUCUCUCAACCAUGCUCUCUCCAAGAUGGACAAUCAUGGCAACAAUCUGUGCUAUUCAGAUGUUUCUGCAAGUGGAGUCCCUCUAUGAAGCUGAUAAAAUUGCAAGUUUGCCAGGCCAACCACAAGUCAGUUUCCAGCAAUUUGCAGGAUACGUCACCAUUGAUGAGAAGCAGCAGAGAGCUCUUUUCUACUACUUUGUUGAAGCAGAAACUGACCCAGCUUCAAAGCCACUUGUUCUUUGGUUGAAUGGAGGGCCUGGGUGUUCAUCUGUUGGAGCUGGAGCUUUCUGUGAACAUGGUCCUUUUAAACCAAGCCGCAAUGUCUUGCUCAAAAAUGAGUAUAGCUGGAAUAAAGGAGCAAACAUGUUGUACUUGGAGUCACCCGCAGGAGUUGGAUUCUCUUAUUCUGCUAAUAAAUCUUUCUAUGCCUCUGUGAAUGAUGAUAUGACAGCACGAGACAAUCUUGUAUUUCUCGAAAGGUGGUUUAUCAAAUUCCCAGAAUACAAGAACAGAGACUUUUUCAUCACUGGAGAGAGUUAUGCUGGGCAUUAUGUGCCACAACUAGCCCACCUCAUCAUACAAUCCAAUGCACAGCUCAAUCUCAAGGGAAUAGCAAUAGGGAAUCCACUUCUGGAAUUCAAUACUGAUUUCAACGCAAAGGCUGAAUACUUGUGGUCUCAUGGAUUAAUAUCAGAUUCUACUUAUGAUCUCUUUACUUCCGUUUGUAACUAUUCUCAAAUUAGAAGGCAAUUUCAAACUGGAACUCUUACCCCUGUUUGUUCAAGAGUGAUACAUCAAGAAUCGGCAGAAGUUAGUAAGUUUAUCGACUCGUACGAUGUCACUCUCGAUGUCUGUUUGGCAUCAGUUCUCUUGCAAUCCCAGGUCCUAAACCAAAUGAAAUAUACAGAGAAUAUAGAUGUCUGCGUGGAGGAUGAAACGACUAGGUACUUGAAUCGGGAAGAUGUACAGAAGGCUCUCCAUGCUCAGCUUGUUGGAGUCACCGGAUGGAGUAUUUGCAGCGAUGUUCUACAUUAUGAUUACCAAAACCUGGAGGAGCCAACUAUAAAUAUCCUAGGAUUGCUUGUGAAGUCUGGACUUCGAGUCUUGGUUUACAGUGGAGAUCAAGAUUCAGUUAUCCCACUGACUGGUACUCGGGCACUGGUUAAUGGAUUGGCAAAGGAAAUGGGGUUAAAUACCACAGUGCCAUAUAGCGUUUGGUUUGAGGGGACGCAGGUUGCCGGAUGGACGCAAGUAUACACCGACAGACUAUCUUAUGCCACCAUUAGAGGGGCUUCUCAUGAAGCUCCAUUUUCACAACCAGAGAGAUCGCUUGUUCUGUUUAAUGCAUUUGUGGGAGGAAAACCAUUACCACGACCACAACCAAAUGGCGAGACAAAAAUAAGAAAGAGCAAUGGUCAUAAUCUCAAAUAAAUGAUUCACUCCAAGCUUCUUGUUGUUGAGCAAAUAGAAUCUCAUUGCUUUUAUAGAAAUCUUGAGUUGUAUUAUUUAGAUGUUGCAUUAAUUCAUGAGUGUGACCAGAAUUCAACCAACUCCAUGCUAUUGAAUCCACAAAAAAAAUAAAUAUCUCAUGCGAUGAAUUACUUUAUAAAUAUCAAUAAAUAUGUUUACACAUGAA